AUGUAUCCGCCUCUGCGAGCCAUCGAUCGCGCAACACAUCUGCCGCCUCUCUGCUCUACGGACGCACCAGGUCGCAUUCGAGACUGCCCUUGCAAUUGCAACAGCAGCGCGUGUCUGUCGAGGGCAGAUGAAGGGAGGAGGAACGCUGCUUCACUCCAGCAGGGAGAGCCCCCCGCUGCUGCAGCAGUUGCAGGAAAUGUUGCAGCGGUAUAUUUCCCUCCAGCAAGAGUCUACGACCGCAUGCGCGCAUCUCCAAGGAGAGCCGCUGGAAAGAGCCCUCUCUCCCGAAGCCACAUGGUGCUCAGCGGCCUCUUCUUCGACUCCAAAGGAGCUCCCUCUGCUGCUGCUGCUGCUGCCGUUGCUGCAGCAGCAGAGGGAGCAGCAGCAGCAACGGCAGCAGCAGCAGAGGGAGCGAGACCCCCUGAAGCGCGUCCAGAAUUGAGCCCCCCUUCUCUCAACUGCCUGGUCGAUAAUGCAACGAUGGCUGCUGCCGUUGCAGCCUGUGCCUUGCUAUCCCGCCAACGCCAGCAGCAGCAGAGACAGCAGGCACGAGAAGACAUGGCACGGCGAGCAAGGGCGCUUCCCCACAAAGUCGGCGUUAAAUUCGAUCCCACCUGCCCCCGCUGGAUUGCACACUGGAAACGAGAUGGCCAGCGCUUCUUCCGAUCCUUCUCCGUGGAAAAAAACGGAUUCGAGGAGGCCUGGCAUAUGGCCGUCAAGUGCAGGAGGGAGAACUGCGAAGACUACGACUACAACAACCCCACGCUUCUGCAGAACGGCAAGACGCAUGCCUUUCGUGCGGCGUCCCCUGCAGCAGCUGCAGCAGGCCGCUUCUCAGUGGACACCUCAACGCCCUCAGAAUGUCUUCCUGCUGCUGCUGCUGCUGCUGCUGCUGCUGGUGCAGUGCCGAUGCCAGAGGAUGACGCAGGACGGGCAGCACCCUCCGCGGCUAUCUGCCGCAGCUGGGGAUCACCACGGGGAACAGCGAGUGACUGUGAAAAGGGAGUCAAAAACAAGCUGAGAGCCAAAGUGGAGGCUGCUGCCUCAGCAGCAGCACCAACGACAGCAUCAACGUGUCGAUCCAUAAGCGACGAUAAGGCUCCAGAUCUGGCAGCCCCUCCAACGGCAGCAACUGGCGAGGAGGCGCUGUCUAGUGCAAAAGGUACCGCCGAUGCGGCUGCGGGGAAGACGGAUUCAGCAGCAGCUGCCGCUGCGAUGCUGCUGGAGGCAGAGGCAUCCCUAUUGCGGCGAAUAUCGGGUGCACUGCGUAGCAGCAGCAGCACCUGCAGAAGUUGCCAUGCACAGGGGAGAGAAACGGGGUCCCCUAUGGAGUGUGCUGCUCGCGCGCUGAAGGAGGCUUUGCGGCAGCAGCAGCAGCAGCAGCAGCAGCAGCAGCCGCCUCUCCUGGCAGUGGCUCCUCCAGACAGCCCGCAAGACUUCUUGGGGCCUCUUCUGGAGCCUCCUGAUCGCCCUUCUGGUGUAUUUGCAACGCCAACAACUGCAACGUCUCUGGGUUCCCCAGCUCUCUCAGUUGCCCGUCCAGCGGGGUGUGCGAGAACAUUUGCAGCGGAGGCACGAAAGGAUCCCAGUUCCCCUGUGUGGUCGUUUGGUGCGUUUUCGACUCCCCAGCCGGAGGAGAGUCUUCGGGAAUCCGCUGAGGAGACAGUCCACGGGGGUGCGCCUCAGCGGGGUUGUGAGCGGAGCUCUUCCUUGGCGUUCGUUGGCAGCAAUAGCAGCGCUCGGAUGUUCGAGCCAGCGUCUCUGGAGAACUCCUUGGACACUGCGGAAGCAGGCAGGGGAGGCCUCUCUGCUGCACUGCCUAGUGAGGAUGGGUGCCGCGUCUUGUCUAGUUCCAUGGAGAAAGAGGACGCCAACAAGCGGCUCCAGCUGGUGAAGGCGGCGGUUUGCUUGUUGUUGCGAGAUCUUCGGGAUGUCUGCCUCCUAAGUUGGGUGCCUUAUUACAUCAUCGAGCCGAACGAGGAAUUCGCGUGCCUCUCACGGUGCUUGUCUUUGGCAGAGAAAUGUGAAGACGAACAGCAGUUGCAGCCCUUCCUCUCGGUCUUUUCUCCGCUCAUCGCCCAGAGGAAGCUCCCUAGCACUCUCCCAGUAAGGCAGCAAAAGGAUCUGCUCGAACUGACGGUUCAGACUGCAAAGCUCGUUGCCGCCUAG